UUGUGUACAAGCUUACUAUACUAGUUAAGAUCAGCAGCUCAAAUGGAUCCACUUUGUGGGGCAGAUUUUUCUACAUACCUGUCCUCGUAGAGGAUUUGAAGAGCCACCAUGGGAAUGAGAGCUGUACUGCAGUCACAAAAGGAAAGAAGUUUGGGGUGGCUGUGAACACUGCUGCUGCAUUGGUAGUGAGAAUAAUAAGGAGUGGCUUAAUGCCUGUUUCUCAACAUUUGGAUUGUCAGAGAGCUUGUGCACACCUUCAUAUCUCCAAAAGCUGUCAUUCCUGUCUUAAUCUCUUGUAACUGCCAGCAACAAUGGACCUGACUUUGUGGCAGUACCAGUUCAGGAUCAUCAUGCUGGGCGAUUCAACUGUGGGAAAGUCCUCCCUACUGAAACGCUACACAGAGGACUUGUUUAUGGAGUCCAUCAACGAGACAGUAGGUGUUGACUUCUACGUUCACUUCCUGGAGGUGGAACCGGGGGUCCGUGUAAAGCUGCAGUUCUGGGACACAGCAGGACAGGAAAGGUUCAGAUCAGUGACCCGCUCCUAUUACCGCAACUCAGUUGGAGGCAUGCUAGUGUUUGACAUCACCCAUCGAGCCUCCUUUGACCAUAUUAAAGACUGGCAUGCUGAGGUGUGCGAGCGAGUACAGCCACAUAAGGUUCUGUUCAUCCUGGUGGGUCAAAAGAAUGAUCGAGAUGCUCACAGGGAAAGGGCGGUGAGCCGAGAAGAGGCAGAGAUGCUGGCCCAGCAGCUAGGAACGCCCUACGUGGAGGCCUCUGCAAAGUCUGGGCAACAUGUAAAGGAGUGCUUCGAGCUCCUCACUCGACGGAUCUACCAGGGACUAUUGAGUGGAGAGAUAGAGCUGCAAGAGGGCUGGGAUGGAGUCAAGUGCACUGCCCCACAGGCGCUACAGUUACAGCGAGCCAACAUGCCUCAGCCAAGAACAGCAACCAAGGACAAGAAAAAGUGUUGCGGUUAAACUGUGGACAUGUGGUGCCCAUCUAUGUGAACUCACGUGACUGUAAAAGCAACAAAUAACUGUGAGCAGGUUAGAUUGGUGGUGGCAUAUUACUGUAAGGCACAAAAAUCAUAAAACACGCUGGUAUGAAAAGUAUUUUUGCACAUUUUUUGUGAAGAUGAAUCUUUUAGAACUAUAAGAUGCUAGUAUUUUAUUUUGUGUUGGCUCUGUGAAAUAUAAUGGGGAAAUAGGUCAGUGUAGUGUUAAUUUUUUUUCUGUAACAGAUACUUUUACACUUUUUGCUUUUUUGCCAUCAGCAGGUCAUGCGCUCGACUCCUGUUGUAUUGAUUAUCAUUUAAUGAGACUGACCUUUUCACUGUAAAGCCCAAUAACCUUUCCGAUCUUGAUAUAGCUUCACCAUUAGGUUAAAAUUUAAGUUUGCUCAAUGUCACUUGUAACACUGAGCUCAAAAUAUGCCUUACAAAGUACUCAAAGCUGCUAGUGAAACUGUGGACUUUUAAUAGAAAAAUCUAUAUUCUGUAUUUAUAAGAGAAAUAUGGUAAUUCUCUCUUUAGUGAGAUGUCGGCUCCACAGCAUAUUACGCUAAUGGACUUAUGAGGUCAUGGCUAACCUCAGUUCAGCUGGGGCAGAGGCUGUAAUAUGACAAGUUGUUUGUUCUUUUCUCUAAUUUGUCUAAUGGGUGCUAAAGAUGUAAUUGUGUCAGAGUCACAAUUAUUCAAAAGUCCACCGGCUUGAAGGUUGAGGAGGCGAGGUAGUCUGCACAGCUCGUGUCCACACAAAGAGAUUACAAAAAGCGGUUUGCAAGCAGGUUUAUGACUUUGAGGGGUCAAAAGUGAUAGGAUUGGAGCCACUGCUCCACAAAGGUAUUCUGUAUUUUCUUUUCAAUUUCUAUAUUCCUAUAUUGUUUGUUCUGCCAGUAACUGGCAGCUAUUAAGGUACUCGGUCCCUUGGUUCAGAUUACAAAUAUUGUCUUGAACCUUCAUUUGUCUCUUCAGUUAUUCUUAUGAGCCUGAACAGUUGUCUUGUAACAUAACUAGUAAAUAUCCUGUGAGGAA